AUGUCCUCCAUGUUAAGGUCAGCUAUUGAAUACAACUCAAACAAAGAAGAAGAAAUUGAAGUUCGUCGAAAUUUAAAACGACUGCUAUCAAAAUCGGAUGUAGAUUUCAAAAACCGGGAAAGUAUUGAAAAGUGGAUCAAUGAAGACAUGCCUACUGAGGAAGAUAAAUACCCAGAUAUAUUUGUGAAAGACCUGAAACAAUUUUUUUCUCUUAUAGAAGAAGAGGAAUUUCUCAUAACUGCCGCUAAGCGGUCCGACUUAAGAUUUAUAGAGAAGAGUUACAGUUCACCUAUUCCAAAAUGGCAAGAAGUAGAGGAAGCGAAAAUGGAAGAAGAUUUGUCCGUCCAUCCAAUGGACACAUUUUACACUGUGUGGUUAUGCUGUGAUCCAUUCCUCAAGAGUCUAAAUGUCAUUUCUACAAAUGAUUCCCUAGGCCGUUUAAAGAACGAUAGAAAAAUAAAGGAAGAAUUAUGCAAAACAAUUAACAAAUUGCUUAACAAUGAUGAGGAGAAGGUGCAGUUAGAAAAUGCAAUAAAACUAUUAUGUAAGGAAGGAUUUCUUAGAUGCAAUGAUUGGAACAGUAAACCGCCACGUAUUCAAAGAUUUUUCUCAUACUUGAAAACUGUUCUUCGGGAUUUUAAAAGUAAAGAUGCCAUGCUGCCUCUUCAAGGCAAAGAUUUACUGACCAGAUGGAGUGCAAUUCACUGGAAGCUAAAACAAACUAGCCCGUCAGAAUCAUAUGCAAUAGAGACAAAAAUGGAAGAUACGCUGUCUGAAAUAAGAAUUCAACAGGCUGAAAAAUGCAUUUCAAAUAUGGAACUAGUUGCAGAUUUUAUUGCCAUAAUAUUGUCACAAAGAGGCUGUGCACAAGCAGUGCAGUUUUUUCUCUCAGACAUUGAGAAUUUAUUGGAAGAAAAAUCAAGAAAAAUACUUCCUCAGAUGACACAUGAGCUAGUAGAAACGUAUCGUCGUGAGUCAGGAAGAGACCAAGUAAAGACUAUCCAAGAAAAUCUGGAGUCUGCAAACUUUGGAUUAGUUCAUUUAUUUCGAGAACUUGGGCAAAUAUUUGAAAGUUUUAGUUACUGCAAGGACAUGUGUGAUUAUCAUAUUGAAAGAACGACAUGGUUUGCUGUACAAUUACUACCUCGUAUUGUUGCCCACAUACUUAUUCUAGGUCGAUCAUUUGAGAUAAUGAAUGGGGAAGCAAUUGAUAUUUCAUUAAAAUGGGUAAAAGCUAUAUUUACUGAGAUGGCAAAAAUCAAAGGUAACAAGAGAGUAUAUUCAAUAUCUGUUUUGGGUAUUCAAAGUUCUGGAAAGUCAACGUUGUUGAAUGCUAUGUUUGGCCUUGAUUUUCCUGCAAGUUCUGGGAGGUGUACUCGAGGUAUUAAUCUACAUUUGCUGCCUGUCACUAACCCGCACUUGAACUUUGAAUAUGCAUUCAUUUUUGACACGGAAGGACUUCGUUCUUCUAGUAAACAUACAGGCAGAACAAGUCAUGACAACAAGCUUGCUACGCUUGCAAUUGGAAUUGCUGAUACAGUUAUUCUUAAUAUUAAAGGCGAGAAUGUUACUUGUAUGGAAGAUACACUACAAAUUGUUAUACAUGCAUUAAUGCGGUUAAAACAGGCCAAUAAUGAUAUAGAACUUCGCCAAUCGUGCAUUUUUGUACAUCAAAAUGUCUAUUUAUUAGGCAAUGGAGCCAAAUUGGAGUCUGAAAUUGAAGAGACCCUAAACAAAUUGAAUGCAAUUACAAGUAACAUUGCUGAACAUGAACAUAUGGAGUAUAUAUCUUCAUUUAACGACGUUAUAUCCUUUGACUCUAGACAUGAUGUCAUUUAUUUACCCAAUUUGUGGCAUGGAACUCCACCAAUGGCUCCUGUAAGCAAAUCCUAUAGUAACGAAGUACAGCGGAUUGGAAAGCACGUCAUUGAACAAUGUUCCAGAAAAUUUGAAUCAUUUUAUAACAUUUCAAAUACCUUUUGUCGAAUUGAAAGUAUAUGGAAAGGCAUUCUUAAUGAGGAUUUUGUUUUUAGUUUUCAGAAUAUCAUGCAUAUGAAAGCGUAUAAUCUUUUGCAAGAGGAAACAAGUCGUCAAAGUUAUGCAUUAGAAAAGUUUUCAAACGAAUUUUGGAGAAAAACAGUGAAAACUGCUUUAUAUUGUGCUCCACGUCAAGACAUAGAAAUAACUGAAUCGAGGCUUUUUUCUCAGUUCUGUACUGAUUUGGACGAACUAACAACAUCAAAAACAACAUUCCUGGAACAAUAUAUACAUUCUUCUGAUUUAAAGUCUGAAAUGAUACAGUGGAAAGAAACUAAAAUCAGGGCAAUAGGAGAAACAUCAAACAUCUUAAAAACAGUGUUCAAGCGCAAACUAAGUCGUCAGGUUUUUCACUAUAAGGUAGAAUGGAAAUACAAUGACAAAGAUAUGGAGAAAAAACUUCUUGAAAAAGUUGCCAAACAUGCAAAAAGUAUCCAAGAUAGAAACUUUUCUGAAGAUGAGAAAGAGACAUUUUUUUCUGAAAUGUGGGAAUUAUUAUUAAAUGAACACGUCUGCGAUGUGCCACUUGAAACAUACAAAGCAAACAAAAAGCAGCUUCGAGAUGGAAUAUUGAUUGUUCUUUAUGGUGCAUUUAACAAACACAAACACCUUCUAAAAGAGGCACUUAAAAUCGAACCUAUAGAUUGCUGCCAAGAGCAAAACGAUAUGAACCUGGCAUUGUCUGAAGAGGAUAUCCUUGAUGAACAUAUUAAUUUGAAAUCAAAGCUGAAAAUGAUAAGGAUCUUAAACCACAAAACUCUGCGGAAAUGCAAACUGAUGACUUUGAAAGUAACAAGGGAGAUUUUCAAAGAAAUUGACACCUAUUUUAACCAAGCUGAAGAAGACUGGGAAUACGACGAAAAAGAUUUCAAGAAUGACAUUUUAUCAAAAUUAUUAGAGAAAAUAACCACACAAAACAAAGACAAAACGUUUUCUCUAACACCAGAGUAUCAGAUAAAAUUUGCCAUAAAAGCUGCACAAAUCUCUUUCAGGGAAUUUUCUAUCCUUAAUAGACGUUAUGAAGAUAAACACAGUCCUCGAGCAUUUACCAUUUCGAAAAUGUCGCAAGCAAAACAGGUGUUUGAAAAUAUCCUUUUAAGAGAAGAAGAAACAGUUAUUGUCUCUAACUAUAUAUGCAAUGAACUAAAAUUGCAAAUUAGAAAAAACGUAGAGCAUUCAGUAGCAGAAUUAUUUAAGGGGAGAUUGUUAGAACAUUUUUCCUUUUUAAAACGCAAGUUGAUAAAUGCAAUAUUAGAGGAUUUAGCUUUAGCUGAAAAGUUCAAUACUUUUGUGUCCUAUAUAAAAGACCCUGAGGGCUUUGCUAAGCAGUGGAUGAAGGAAAAAGCUGUUAAUAUGUUAAGCCAAGAGGGCGAUGAUUCUUGUGAGACUUACAUUAGACGUCUCAAUAUUGAUGCUUUAUCGAAAGAAAUUUCAUUUAUCAUGGAGGUUGCAACUCAUGUCAAUAAAGAUGUUCCAAAUAAUACAAUUCGUUGCUGGAUACAGACUUUCAAAGACAAUCUUUUCGGCUACAAACUCGAUACGGGAUGCACAGCAUUAUUAUCCAACGACUCCUUGGAUGAUGUGAAGUCCUUUUAUACAAAGCUUGCAAAAAAGAUCAUGGAUGUUGAGCUUGAAUUGCAAAACGAAUUUACAAAUCAAUCUGAUGGUUCAUUAACUACUGGAGGCAAAGAUCCCUUUCUAACAGUAUUUAAUACUCUCUGGGUUGCAAUGAGCACUGUCCUCUUUGUUUUGAGCCUUGUGAGAACACAACAAAAGAUCACGUUAAAGCUGAUAAAAUUCCCCAUUCCUGUGUUCAACAUAGACCAUUUGGAAUAA